UUGGGACGAGCGGACAAAUAUAAAAUGGUGUGCUGAAGACAGGGAGGAGUUAGUUAGUUAAUUAGUCCGUCGACGUGAGUCGCAUUGUUAGUAGUUGGCCAGUCAGAACCAGUUGAAGCAUGUUACUAAAGCACGACUAGCGCGUAUUCGCAUAGCCAAAGCUUCUUCAGGAGCAGCUUUCGUUAGGAAAAAGAAAGCAGCUCAAGAGUCUGGUAUCGAGCUAGAUGACAGCUACAGGGAAGAAUGCAGCACUAGGGCAAGAAUGCAGCACAGGGCAAGAAUGCAGCAACUUCGAAUUGCAGCACCAUCAUUUACUGCGCUGCCUGAAAAAGACUACAGACCGAGAAUUUGUCGAGCUCGAGGUACCUUACAAUGGACAUCCGAAGAGGCCAGGGUCACCAUCACCUCUGGCCAGUCCAGCUCACUCUGCGGUGUCCAUUGGACUCCUCCAGUCAUGUUGCUGCAGGUCCUGUCCUAGAAGGUGUCAACAAACGUGCGGGAAGUACAUGCCAGCGGCUUCGACAGCCCAAGCCAAUCAAACCGGUAGCGGUAUGGACGGAACCUACAUUGUAGAAGCGUCUUUCUAGACAUAUCACCAACUUUACUUGCCUUCAAAUACCUUAGACAUAUUCUAAGCAACAUAAAGCUGUACAAGAUGUCCCACUUUGAUUGAAACCAUACGACAUCUCCGUUAUUAGUAAAGAUAUAUAGGAUGCGGUUUGCACAAACCUGUCACAUUUUUUUGUCAAACGGAAGACGCUGUUAACAAAAUUGUUAUAGCUCUCUUCGUUUUUGAGUUACAGGGUCUCUUUUUGAAAAUUUUGCAAUUUUGGAUAGCCCCCGUAUCUUCG